AGCUCAGCGACGAGAACGUACUUACUGCCUCCAUUCCGUCCGCCUCUCAUAUAUGGUGUGGCACAGAUUGAUGUAAUCGAGCAGCUCUGUCGGUUGUCGGUUGGAUUCGCAUUUAGACAUUUACCUGCCGUCAUGAUGAAAAGUUCGUUUAGCUUGGGCUGCGGCCUGCUUGCAGUUUGGCUUCUGAAUGCGGUCGUCGCCGUUGAGUACUACACGCAGAAACCGGCGUUUUUGCCCUCGUGCCGCAUUUAUGAGCCGGGCUUUACCAAUUGCUCCACGCACAGCAUACAGAAGCUGCUGGAACAGUUGACCAUUGGCAUACCGGAGAUUUUGGAGAGCUAUGGGCCCUUCGAUCCCAUGAAUGUGAGGAAUAUCUAUUUCAAGCAGGACAACAACGAGGUGGCAACAAUCAGUGCCAAUCUGACGGAUGUGAUAGUUUCAGGUUUCUCAAAGACCAAGAUCAAGGAAAGCCGUGUUAGCAAAAAGGAUUUUGGCUGGCAAACCAAAAUCUAUCUGCCCAAAAUGCGACUAGAUGCAACAUAUCAGAUGGCUGGUCGUAUACUCUUAAUACCUUUAAGUGGCACAGGUCACAUAUUCAUAGAGAUCGAGGAUCUCGAUAUACUGCUGCUGACCAAGACGCGACUGUACGAGAAGGGCGGCUUCACCUUUGACAAUGUGACCUCGGUGCGGGUAAUGCUAAAUAUGUCCCGGGUGCGCACUCAAUUGGAUAAUUUGUUCAAUGGACGCAGUGAAGAAGUGGCGCGCAGCACGAAUCAGUUCUUCAAUGACAACUGGCGCGACUUCUAUGAGGCACUGAAGCCCCUAAUACUGCAGACCGUGGAGGACAUAUUCUACGAGAUAAUGUCAAAGGUGUUCCAUCUGAUACCUGCAAAUUUCUUUGUCGAGGAUAUUCCAACACCCCAGCAACUAUACGGAAAAAACACAUAUGAAAAUAAAUAAUAACAAUGUUGAUAAAAAUACAAAUAAAAAUAAACUCAUAGCAUUCCAUUC